GGAGCGUUUCCGGGUCAGCGCCCGGCGGAGCAGUGGGGAUGGAGCUGGAGCGGAUCGUGCUGCCCCCCCCCGGGCCCCUGCACCUCCCCCUGGCACUGUUGGAAUUGGGCUGCGCCGGGCGCUGCGAAUUGCUGCCGGGUCCCGCCCCCCCCCGCAGCACGCUCCCCCAGGGCCUCCCGCCCUUCACUCCUCCCCUGACAGCAGAGUUGGAGCAGCGCUUCCUGCAGACCCCCUCCUGGCUGCCCCCCCACCAACAUGAACGGGCUCAGAGGCGCUGGACGCGGGUGCCCACCCCCCGCUCACUGUUUGUGUUGGAGCCGACGCCGGUGCACAGCAGCGUGCGGGCACUGCGGGACCCCGGCACAGGGGCUCUGCAGGGCUUUGUUGAGGAGCUGCAUGAGGACGCGGGGCUCCCCUCUCCCCCAGACACCGGCGACGUCCCCCAGUGGGAAGGUGGUUUGGAGGACCCCCCCCUGGAGUUGCUCCACACCCAGUGGCCAAAUGAAGAGGAUUUGGACCUUGAAAAUGAUUUACUGACCACCCCCCCCGGGCUGAAACGCGGCGUUGAGUUUCAGCCCCCGGAGCCCGGGGGGGGGGCACCAUCGCUCUGUAGCGUUUUGGGGGCGUUGGAUUCAUUGGAGUUGGGGGGGACGGAAGAAGAGGAGAAAAAAGAGGGGGAGGGUGCUGGGGGGGCUGCCCCCUCUCAGCAGCCUGCUGACAAAGGAGGGCAGCCUUCCCCCACACCCCCCCUGCGCCGUGCCGACAGCCUGGAGGAGCUGGUGAUGGGGGAGGUGCUGGUGCCCCCCACCACAGCCACCCCCCCUGUGCCCCCGCAAAGCGAGGAGGAGGAGUGGGCCGUGGAGGAGGACUGCAGCGUCCCCGUGGAGGACUUUGAGGAGAAGAUCCCAGAUCCAGCAUUCAAGUGGCCGUUCCGCCCUGACGCCUUCCAGCAGCGCGCGGCGCUGUGCCUGGAGCGGGGGCAGUCGCUGCUGGUGGCUGCUCACACCUCUGCUGGCAAAACUGCCGUGGCCGAAUACGCCAUCGCCUUGGCACGGCGACACAUGACACGGGCCAUCUACACGUCGCCCAUCAAGGCGCUCUCCAAUCAGAAGUUCCGUGACUUCAGGGCCACCUUUGGGGACGUGGGGCUGCUGACUGGGGACGUGCAGCUGCGCCCCGACGCCUCCUGCCUCAUCAUGACCACUGAGAUCCUGCGCUCAAUGCUGUACAACGGCUCUGAGGUGCUCCGUGAGCUGGAGUGGGUCAUCUUCGACGAGGUGCACUACAUCAACGACGCUGAGCGCGGCGUGGUGUGGGAGGAGACGCUGAUCCUGCUGCCUGAGCACGUGGGGCUGGUGCUGCUCAGUGCCACCAUCCCCAAUGCCCUCGAGUUCGCCCAGUGGGUCGGCCGCACGAAGCGGCGCCGCCUGCGGGUGCUGAGCACUCGGCAGCGCCCGGUGCCCCUCGAGCAUUUCCUCUACACCGGCGGCGGCGGUCCCCCCUCACCCCGCGAUCUCUUCCUGCUGCUGGACGCGCGGGGUGCCUUCAGCACCCAGGGGUACUACGCCGCGGUGGAGGCGCAGAAGCAGCGGGCGAGCAAACACGCGCAGAGCUUUGGGGCCAAACAGCCCCACGGGGGGGGCAGCGGCCCCGGGCAGGACCGUGCCAUGUGGCACUCGCUGGUGGCGCUGCUGCAGGCGCAGGGGCAGCUCCCGGCCGUGGCCUUCACCUUCUCCCGCGGGCGCUGUGAUGCACACGCAGCCGCCCUGGGCCGCACUGACCUCAGCUCAGCCGCCGAGAAGGGACGCGUGCGGGGCUUCGUGCGGCGCUGCCUGGCCCGGCUCCGGGGGGGGGACCGCCGCCUGCCCCAGGUGCUGCAGAUGUCGGAGCUGCUGGAGCGCGGCAUCGGGGUUCACCACAGCGGGGUGCUGCCGCUGCUCAAGGAGGUGGUGGAGAUGCUCUUCAGCCAGGGCCUGGUCAAGCUGCUCUUUGCCACCGAGACCUUCGCCAUGGGGGUGAACAUGCCGGCGCGCACCGUCAUCUUCGACUCCAUCCGCAAACACGACGGCAACAACUUCCGCGACCUGCUGCCAGGUGAGUACGUGCAGAUGUCGGGGCGCGCCGGGCGCCGUGGGUUGGACCGCACUGGGACUGUCAUCAUCCUGUGCCGGGGGACGGUGCCCGAAAUGGCCGACCUGCACCGCGUGAUGCUGGGCCGCCCGUCGGGGCUGCAGUCGCAGUUCCGCCUGACGUACGGCACCAUCCUCAGCCUGCAGCGCGCGGCCGCGCUCAGCGUGGAGGGGUUGAUGCGCAACAGCUUCGGAGAAUUCCCCCUGCGGCGCCGCGCCGCGGUACGGGAUGGGGGGCACUGGGGUGGGGAGUUGACAUGA